AUGAAUAAAAACAAAAAGGUUAGUUCAAUUUCUUAGCACGGUCUUCAUCUAUUCAAUGUACAUAUUUUCAGACUUCCAGAAGUAAUGAAACAAGAAAGAGUAGCAAUUUUAGCAAUAGUAAUGAUACAAAAAAGCCGAAUCGAAGAUCGGAUUCGAAAAUUGACAGUGAUUCGAGCAAGAGCUAUCGUCGUGCUGAUGUUGUUCACACGACUUCUCGAAAACCAAAUGCUAUUCAACGAUCACCCGAAAAGCCGAAAAGAUCAGGAGGAAAAACAUCUGAGCCAAGUUGGAAUACUCACAACAAAAAAUCUCAAAACAGUGAUAAUGUAAAGGAGUUUGAUUUCAUGAAAAGAACUGGUCAUUCACCACUCAUAGCAAAAGAGGAACCAGCGGCAAAUAUGAUUUUACACAAAAACGAGAACAACAACAACAACGAUAAGCAAAUGGUUGAAUUGCCACCUCUACGAGACUCACAUCGUUCUUUGAUUGGUCUUGAUGGUGAAUCAGAUCUUGAUACUGAUGACAAUUCUCCUCGCCCAAGUGAGAAAAAUCUUAUCAAAACCUCGCCAGCUCUAUCCUCUCCACAUAAAAGUAGCUCAGCUGAAACUCAAGAUGAUUCGUUUUCUUUGGCUGAAAAUGAAAAAGGAUUAUCCAAAUAUAAAUCGUUGUUCAAGGAAUACGCAGCCAAAUCGCAGCAAAUAAACAUGGAUGAAAUUAGCGAGGAUUUUCAAGAUCUGCCAAGUCUUCCGAAAUAUGAUGAAUGCACAGCAUUUCAUAAUUCGCUGAAUUUGAGGAAGAAUCGGUAUAAAGAUAUUCCGUGUCUCGAAGUUUCGCGUGUCAAAUUGCAUUUUAUGGGAAACCCAAAAGAAGCGGGAAACGAUUAUAUUCAUGCGAACUAUGUGACAAGCAAAUAUUUGCAAACGAAAUAUAUUUUGACCCAGGGACCCAAAAAGAAUACAGUUGUCGAUUUUUGGCGAAUGGUUUGGCAGGAAAAGACAGCCGCAAUUGUGAUGCUUUGUCAAUUCAUUGAGCAUAGUCGCGAAAAAUGCACUGAUUAUUUUCCAAGCGAUCAUAAGAGCAAACUUCGAUUCGAUCGAUUAGAAUUGAGUUAUAUUGAUUCAACAAGAGAUCGUAUGGUUUUGACGACCAAAUUGAAGUUGGAAUAUAAGGGUGAAUCUCGAACAGUGACACAUUAUCAAUGGAUGGAAUGGCCGGAUUAUCAAGUGCCUGGAUCAACUGAAAUUAUGUUGCGAUUAUUGAGAAAGAUUCGGGGCAAGAAAUUUCCAUCAGUUAUUCAUUGUGCGGCUGGAGUUGGAAGAAGUGGGACAUUUAUGGCGAUUGAGAUUGCCCUUAUGAUGAUUCAUAAUCACUUUGAGCUUCCUGAUAUCAAGAAAAUUGUUGCUCAUAUUCGUUCAACUGGAAGAUGUGCUGCUGUACAGACUCUUCAGCAAUAUUUACUUAUUCGUAAAGUUGUACUCGAUUUUGGUGUUUCGAAUAGGCUUAUUACCGAGGUACGUUUUUCUCUACUUGUUGAAAAAUAUAUUGAAAAUGUUUUCAGGAAAGCUUCGAUCGUUAUUCGGCUGCCUAUCAUCGAGCACUUCGUCAACAAAACACAUCCUGA